AUGGGCGAGGUCAAUCGUUUGGUUGUCAGUUCGGGUGAACCACCUGGUUCGGAUUUGACUGACUGCAAAGAAAGAUGGAAGAACAUUAGGAAUGGAUUUGUGAGAAGCCUGAAACAACCGCCUAGUGAAUCUUCUGCCAAGCAAAAGAAACAGUAUUAUUUACAUGAUGUAAUGCAAUUUGUUUUACCUUACGUCAAACCAGUAGCUCAUACAGUUACAACUGGAAAUCUACCCAAUCCUUCUCACGAUAACAAGUUAAUGGAUGAAAUAAAUGAAAUUAAACCUUGUGAUAAUGAAGUAGACAAAGCUUUUGUUAAUUAUUUGCAAGAAAAGAAAAAACCAAACAACGAAGAUCACAGAAAAAUGUUCCUUGUUAGCUUGUUACCAGAAGUAAAUAAACUUUCCGAUGAGCAAAUGCGAGAAUUUAAAAUUAAAGUGGUAAUGUUGCUUGAUGAAAUUCUGACACGACCGCGACAAGAUCAAGCUUCUACGCAGCAAAUAGUUUCAAGAAAUCAGAUAAGAUCUGAAUGA